AUGCUUGAGAAACUACACGCUACAUCCGGCAUGGAUAGAGAAGAAAUCCUCAGAAAUAUCGUUGGAUAUUCUACACUGAUUGAUACACCUUUCGGUCAAAGAUGCGCUCUUUACGCUGAUCACACUGCAACUGGAAGACCCUUUAAAAUGAUUGAAGACAUGAUUUAGCAAAAAAUCAAGCCCAUGGUCGCAAAUUCACAUACAGAAACCUCUUUAAUGGGUUAUUUCUCUACUUAAAUGCUUCACUAUGCAGAAGUUUCAAUUUUGAAGUCGUUCAAGGUGUCAAAAGCCACUCAUUUCUCUGUUCCUUGCGGAAACGGAGCCACUGGCGCUUUUGAAAGAUUGACAAAAAUAUUGAGAGUUGCUGAUAUUGCAAAAAUGGAAACCUAUAAAGCUCCUGAUAUUGAAAAAUGCAAGAACCCAAACAUCCCCGCUGUUUACAUUACUCCUUAUGAACAUCACUCUAAUAUCCUUCCUUGGUCAAAUGCUGGCUGCAAUCUUCAAAUGGUCAAUGGAGAUAAAUAUGGUAACAUGAAUAUUGUCGAUCUCUAAGAAAGACUUAUUGCAAACUCUCAUUUCAAAAUCUAAAUUGUUUCAGUAAGUGCCACUUCUAAUGUGACAUCUUAAAGAACUGAUCUAUCAAAAGUAAAUGAAAUGAUUAAAAACUACAAAGAAAAGCAUCUCCUUCCUGGACAUAAAAUAUUCUUCAUAUCAGAUUGUGCUGCUUUUUGCUCCCAUAACAGAUUGAAUUUAAGUGACGAAGGCUUAAGCGAAAUAGAUUUUGUCUGCAUAUCUCCUCACAAACAUUUAGGUGGUUCAGAAUCUACCGGCGUUCUCAUCGCCAAGCUCUCAGCCUACGAUCUCACUUAACCCCCUUCCUUCCCAGGUGGUGGUACUGUCAAGGCUGUUGUUGGUUUGGAAUCUGACUAGACCUGGUACGACUCCGAUCCCACUGCUAGAGAAAUGCCAGGAACUCCCAACGCUAUUGGUUUUUACAGAGCUGCUUUAACUUUUGAGUUACAGGACUAUAUUGGAUUGGAAUUCAUCAUCGAAAAGGAAGAAUAAAAUGCAAAAUACUUCUAUAACCGCAUUCAAUAAAUAAAUGACGAAUUCAAAAGAAGCGAACAAAUCCCACCCAGAAAUGUACACAUUUAUGGUGAUACUGACAUUGAAAUCAGAUACGAUGUUUUCUCAUUUAACAUUUAUGGACCUGGUACUACAACUGAUGCCUAUGGCAAAUCACUUUUCCACCCUAAUUUUGUUGCAAGAGUUUUAAACGAUGUAUUUGGUAUUUAAGUAAGAAGCGGUUGCUCUUGCGCUGGUCCUUAUGGAGUCCUUUUACUCGGAAUCCCUCAAAAGAAAGCUGUUGAAAUUGUUGGAGAAAUGCUCAAUGGUUACGAAGACGUUAAACCUGGCUGGAUUAGACUUGAUACAUUCUUCUCCUUUGAUAAAUAUGAAUUAGACUAUAUCGUUGAAGCUAUUCGUUUAAUUGCAAUUUAUGGCGAAAGAAUUUUGAGAUUCUACGAAUAAAAUGUUAGAACUGCUCAAUUCAAUUUUAGAGGCCAAUCUCAUCCAAAUUUUGAUUUCUCUUUAUUCGGCCUUUAGAGAGAAAACAUCAAUGAAAUUGCUCUUGAAGAAAGACCCAAAUACCUUGCUGAUUAACUUGAAAUUGGAACAAAGAUCAUGGAGAAUCCUCAAGAAUAUAUCAAAGAAAACUUCCCCCAUUUAAUGGAAGGCAUUAAAUCUGAAAAUAACUCAGAUGGACCCCAUAGUCUCAAUUAAUCUAGAUCAUCAGGUAUCAGUGGCAAAUCUAUCAAAGCCCUCCGUCCUUUGGUCAUGAAGAAGGAAACUGACUCAUCAACCUCCAAUAAAUCUUAAACCAAAAUACCUUAAGCCAUUAAGUCUGAGGAUAUCCUUAAAACCAAUAGUUCUAGCAGUAAUGCUAAUAUUAAAAAUAUGAUCAGUGCCUCUAUUCGUGAUGAAAUUAGAAAUGUUUUAUCUGAAAUGCCAAAUAUCUCCCAAAAACUUGCUGAACCUCAAAUCUAAUCAAACACUUAAUCCAAACUUGAUAUUUUGAAAAACAUUUUUAACAAAUACAGCUCAUAAGAAGCUUCAGGAACUGUUGGAAUUAAUUAAAUAAAUGCUUUGUAAUUUGCAUAAGAUUACAACAUACUUUCUUCUAACAAAGUAACAAUUAACGAAUUAAUGCAUAACUUCAAUAUUCUAACCAAGAGCAAGAAGCAAGAUAUGCUCUUAUUCCCUCAAUUCACUGCUUUCGUUGAAAAUAUUGCAAUUUAAGUUUUAUAAAAUAGCGAUUAAUACGUAACAAUUAGUGAUAAAUUGGAGGCUUUCUAUUCUCAAUAUUUACAAAGAUAAAAUGUUUAAACAACUAAAGUAUUGAGAAGACCUCUUGCUAACAAAAAUAAUGCUAUUAACUGGAAUAAUGGAAUCAAAACUUAGCCUGAUGACAAUAGUAUCGAAUACAUUGACAAUAAAAUAAAGAACCAAACUCCUAUUCAAUAUUCUAGCAAAUCUACCAAAAAUUUAAGCUCUAAAAAUAUUAACGAUAACAUUUUCAGUGACCGCAGAGCAAAUAAGAUUCAACCUAACUCUCCUAUACAAGAAAAAGCUUUCUAUUACGCUGAUUCUUACCAUACAAGCAGCAAAUCCUAAUUGUAAGCUUAACAAAAGAAAGAACUUAUGAUUUAAAGAGCCUAAGAAAUUAAAAAAUAAUUAAAAGAGCAUGAAAAAAAUCUUUAUGCUUUCAUUUCAAAGUGA